AUGUUGUCGUUUAUCCUCAUCCAGAACCGGCAGGGCAAAACCCGCCUAGCUAAGUGGUACGUCCCUUAUAGCGACGAGGAAAAGAUCAAGCUCAAAGGCGAAGUCCACCGCCUCGUUGCGCCGCGCGAUCAAAAGUACCAGUCCAAUUUCGUCGAGUUCCGCAACAACAAGAUUGUCUACCGACGGUACGCGGGGCUCUUUUUCUGCGCGUGUGUCGACACAAACGACAACGAGCUCGCCUACCUCGAGGCCAUUCACUUCUUUGUCGAGGUGCUUGAUUCCUUUUUCGGCAACGUCUGUGAGCUGGACCUGGUGUUCAAUUUCUACAAGGUCUAUGCCAUCCUUGACGAGGUGUUUUUGGCCGGGGAGAUUGAGGAGACGAGCAAGCAGGUUGUUUUGACCAGGCUGGAGCAUCUGGAUAAGCUUGAGUGA